AUGAACUGGCCUCAAGAGGGGCCUCCUUACAACGUGAUGGCAGAUGGAUAUCUCCCCUCAUCCCCCCCAUUUCCUCUCUUUUUUCCUUCCCAGAGGUCACCUUCAGCAGGAGGCAGUGUGCCAAGGACCAGAGGCAUGGGGAAGGGGCGGAGCGUCACGCCUAUCCCUGUAAUGCCUGGCAGCCCCCCUGGCUGCUCAGCGCAGGCUGAACCCAGCCCGGAGGCUGCAGGAAGGGAAGGGAGGCAGCCCACGGCCAUCAGUGCUGCACUGCUGGAGAAGCACUCAGCAAUGGCCAAGAGCUCAGCUGCACCUGUGUCAGUGGCACCCACUGUCCUGGAAGAGCUCCUGGAAAUCACAGCUCAGAGCCUGGUGCGCACUGAGGUGGCCGAGCACUAUGAGGUUAUUCGGGAGCUGGGAAGGGGCAAAUAUGGACAUGUGAUGCUAGUGACCCACAGGCAGAGAGGGACUCCUAUGGCUCUCAAGCUGCUACCCAAAGCCAGUACCAAGCUGCACACCUUCCUGUAUGAGUAUUGUGUGGCACUCUCCCUCGCCACCCACCCUGCCAUCAUCAGCAUGUUUGGAAUUGCCAUCGAGUCCAGCCAGUACUAUGGCUUCCUCUAUGAAGCAGCACUGCACAAAGACCUCAUCUCUAUUAUCAAGCCCCGGGACGGGAUCCCCGAGGCGGCCGCCAAGCAGUGUGCCAAGCAGCUGGUGAGCGCGCUGGAGUUCAUCCACAGCCGAGGGCUGGUGUACCGUGACGUGAAGCCUGAGAACGUGCUGCUUUUCGAUCCCGAGUGCCGGCUCAUCAAGCUGACUGACUUUGGGCUCACACGGCCCAAAGGUACCAAGCUUAAGCUGGUGGCUGGGGUAAUCCCUUACACUGCCCCAGAGCUGAGCAACACCGCCGAUGCCCAAGGGGUGCCUAUCGAUGCCAGCAUGGACGCCUGGGCCUUUGGUGUGCUUCUUUUCUGCCUGCUGACUGGCUACUUCCCCUGGGAGCAGAGCCUGCCGGAUGACCCUUUUUUUGAGGACUUUAUGCUGUGGCAGGAGACUGGCUUGGAGAAGGACCUGCCCCGCCACUGGAAACGCCUGACAGCUGAGGCUGCCCUGAUGCUGAGGAACCUGCUGGCCCUGGAUCCAGCCAAACGCAGCCCUGUCAGUGGGGCAUUGCACUAUGUGGACUUCCCUUGGAGGCUGGAGGACAGGCAGAAUGAAGAGGCUGUGGUGAAGCCUUAGAGCCUGCCUCCCAUGAGGGGAGGGAAGAGGGCCUCACCCUGCAAGGGGCUUUGGGGUCCAGGGCACCAUGGUGGUGUGGGUGUGAGAGGCCAUGUUGACCCAGAGGGCAACUUUUGUGCAGCAUUCUCCCUGCUGCUGUGGAGCCAGGCUCCUUCCCCGGCUGAUGGUCCUCACUCCAUGGCUCAGUGCUGUCCUGUGUCCCCUCCUUGUGCUUCCUUGGGGCUUGAAAAUGUGUUCUUCCUCUUGGAAAUGACUGUUCAUGUGUGAAACACUCACCUUCUUAGCCACUGGGACUCCAGGGUGUUUUCUAGGGGCUGCUUUGUCUCUAAGUAGAACAUAAUAUAUAUCUUUUGUUUCUA